GCUCAUCACGCAUACCCUCACGUCAUGCACAGCUGGUUGUGAGACCCGGAACAAGAAAUAAACAAAAUGGUGGUGGAUGUGUGUUCACUGUGUAUAAACAUAUUGCUGUUCUGUCACGUGUAUGCCUCGGAGCCCGCCAUUCCUCAAGUUGCGAUGGACGAGCGGUGUCAUAGGACGUUGGACGUUGUGGAAGCGUUUGUGUUAACACUGACGGAAAAGCUGGCCUACCAGCCAGGAAUGGAUUGUCAACUCACUCUGCAAGCCAGGGCUGGACAUCGCAUCAUGCUACGUUUCCUAUAUUUAAAAAUUCACACAAAUGACAUGAUAAAAGAAUGUGAGGAUUUUGUGGAAAUCAAUUAUGGACAAAGCAUUCUCUUUUCCCAUUUAACCCCUGUCAUAUGCCGCACGAAGCCAACGGGAUCUAUGGUCACUGCAAACACAACUGCGUCCAUCCACUUCCACAGCAAUGCAUAUGGUGAAGAUGCUGGUUUUCAACUUCUCGUAACACCUUUCCAUACAGGAAGUUGUUACAGCCGUGAGUUCCGAUGUAACAACGGCAGAUGUAUCCCCGGCAACAUGUACUGCAACGACUACAACAACUGUGGGGACAACAGCGACUCCUGUACUAGUUCGGGCGUAUAUUCCAGUGUAACUAUCUACAUGUCUGCCGCCAUCAUCCUGUGUGUAGUUCUGUUGAUCGUCAUCGUCGGUAUGUGCUGCUGCUGCGCCAAGUCGUCCAGGAAACGACGCAGAAGAAGGAGAAGGAGGUCAGCGAGACAUUCACGUCAACAUGCCCGGGAAUUGUCCGAAGCAUAUGAUAACCCAGUCGGACUCUUCUCCCUCAACGACCUUCCCCCGUACCUAGAUAUACCCACCUAUCCUCCCCCAGCUUACUCUACUCUACCUCGGAGACACGCCCAGUCCCGGGGCACCGACAUCACGACGGAGACUGCUUUUGAUAGGACCACAGCCCCUGUUGAAAAUCCUAACGAGGGGACAAGAAUACCCCGAGAUACACAUGUGGAGGAGACGUGCACAUCUACACCCGAGGAGGGGACAAUUGCAUUUGACACGAGUGCCGCUGACGACACACCAGAGACUGGUUCAUCUGGAGACACACCUAUGAGGAGUACACCUGGAGACACACAUGUGAGGAGUACACCUGGAGACACACCUGUGAGGAAUACACCUGGAGACACACCUGUGAAGUGUACACCUGGAGACAUCACUGAGAGUACACCCGAGGGUACACCUUGAGACACCCCUCAGUAUAAAAUGAAUACACCUGCUGUACCAGAACACCCGCCUAAAUGAGAAGAUGCAGUGCAAUCGAUUAUAUUUUUAUCUUUAUUCUUGACUUUUUAACAAGAUGAGUGUGAGUGAGUGAGUUAAAUUUUACAUCGCAUCGGCAAUAUUUCAGCCAUAUAGCGAUUGGAACUAGGUAUUAGAUUUAAAAUAUCUGUCAAAUGGACAGUAAAAUAGUAAGGUAUAUCAGUUUUUAAUAAAACAAACCAGACCACAUUUUUUUUAAACCAUAUAGCUAUAAUAGAUUACGUCCUAUCAGUUAAAACAAGGCUAUAGACAACUAAUAACCAAAGUUAGACCACCUUACUGGAGAUCAUGGGGACUCACAGUACCUAUGCUUCCUGCAUGACUCCCCAUCAGGAUUUAUGCAUUCGCUUUGGCUACCAGUAGCUGUGCCGUAUGCUCGCCAAUAUUUAAAAAAGACAAUACAAUCUUAGUUCUAAAACACAAGUUUAUAUAACUUACCUUGAUCGAGAAUGGAUUUACGCGUCACUAGCAGGAGGACAAUAUUUUAACGCUACUUUAACCACCCGAGUGGCACCACCAUCAAUAAUCUCAGUUGAUGAUACUAUGUAACUUAUUCAAAAUGCAUAUAAUCCUUUCAAAGUUUAUCUAUUAGGUCUACUUCUCUAAAAAACAAGAAUUAAAGGAGUACUGACAUUAUUAAAAAGAUCCUUUAAAGAGCAUGAAUGAUACUAUUUAUCCCCUGUGAGAGAAAAAUCUACAGUCAAGCAAAACAUGCUUGACUGUGAUUCUCUCAUCACAAGGGAUACAGAAUGGAGGAUCUUCAGCUUUUAACAAAUCUUAACAAUUUUGAUACAUACCUUCUCCACGAUUGGCGUUUUGUUUAAAUGUACGCUGUACCUUGGCGUUUGUUAUUUUGACAUAAUUAAGAUUAUGUACUGUAGGAUGUCGACGGAAAUACUUUUCUGCCAUCUUCUUAAUCUUUCUAGCCUUUUUACAAUGUGUAUCAAGCCAGGGUUUACGAAAGGGUGGGAUUACAUAGGACUUAGGAAUAGUUUCGUCAGCAAUUUUUAUUCAGUUUGUCCGAGAACAUCUGAAUGGGAUCAGGGACAUAUAGUAAAAGAUCAUUUGUCAAUAUUUCCUCACAUAAUGAUUUAAAAAUGAUUUAAGGCCAAUAUGCCUUUGAAAAAAUCCAUCUCGUUGAAGGCGGCUCAUCAGCUGGGUUGUUGGCAGUAAGAAUAGAAGGGAAAUAGUCACUCCCACACAUGUCAUCGUGGACUGACCAAUUACAUUCAGUUAACAUAUUGGAAUCUGAGAGUGAAAGAUCCAAAACAGAAUAAUUACCACUAGCAGGAUGUAAAUUUUUGAGCCAUCAUUAAAUAUACAAAGAUUAUUAUAAGUGAUAAAAUCUUCAUUGACUUCCUCCACCGACACAGGGGCGCAACCCACGGCAAACGGGUUGCCCAAUUUGGUCGGCUUUACGACCAGCAAUGGGGUGCUGAGGACACAUUCUUCCCCAGGUCCACACGGGGGAAAAGCUAUUGGCGUUAACCAGCACUCACCACGGGGAUGUUGCUCUUCUCGAGUGCCUUUAAACAAGAUGAAGUCAGAUUUUCAAAUGUUAUUCUACUUAUCAACAAUAACGUAACAACAUGACAAUUGCAAUAUUAUUUAAACAUUAACAUGUGCAAAGCUUAUAUCUUUUUAUUAUUUUGAUAUGCAUAUAUAUUUAUUUGUUUGCAUUAAGUAUUUAUUUUAUAAAUAACAUGUUUCAUUUGUA